CCUCCACACUCCUCUCCUGUACAUACUGCCCACUGUCAUACCCUCCACACUCCUCUCCUGCACAUACUGCCCACUGUCAUACCCUCCACACCCCUCUCCUGUACAUACUGCCCACUGUCAUACCCUCCACACUCCUCUCCUGUACAUACUGCCCACUGUCAUACCCUCCACACUCCUCUCCUGCACAUACUGCCCACUGUCAUACCCUCCACACUCCUCUCCUGUACAUACUGCUCACUGUCAUACCCUCCACACUCCUCUCCUGUACAUAUUGCCUACUGUCAUACCCUCCACACUUAUCUCUUGUAUAUACUGCCCACUGUCAUACGUUUUACAUUCCUCUCUUGUAUAUACUGCCCACUGUCAUACCCUUUACAUUCCUCUCCUGUACAUACUGCCCAUUGUCAU